AUGGCCGAUCUCCGCCCCGUCAUCUCACAACUCGAAACGAGCCUAAGCAAACAACAGCUCGACCAAGCUUUCUCUCUGCUCAGUCAAGCUAAGCGCGCUCUUCUCCAGCAGAAUGCGCUGGUCCCUACGCCCUCCACGCCACCACAGCUGCUCUCGCAGGCUCGACACAUUCUCGAACUCGGCGCCAUCACUUCCAUCCGACGGGCUGACGCCCCUUCCUUCACGCGGUACUACCAGCAGCUGCAGCCGUUCUACGAUGCAGAGAGACUUAUUGAGGCGUCAGCAGGCGGAAAGGGUCUGGAUCUGAGCUCGAGCCAGCGAAGCAAGAUUACGGGUCUUUAUCUACUCCUGCUGCUGAGCAUGGGGAAUAACACAGAUUUCCACAUUGUGUUGGAGGGGUUGAUUGUUGAGGCUAGUUUGAAGGGAAAGUCGAUCGAGGAUGACCCAUACAUCAAGUAUCCGGUGGAGUUGGAGAGAAGUCUGAUGGAGGGAAGCUACGAUAAGGUGUGGAGGGAGACGAAGUCGGAGAGAGUCCCGACGGAGGAUUUCGGGUUGUUCUCGAAUAUCCUUGUUGGCACCAUCCGCAGAGAGAUCGCCGACUGCUCGGAAAAGGCAUACCCAUCCCUCCCCAUCUCCAACGCCAAGAACUUGCUCUUCCUCGAUUCUGAGGGUGCUGUUGCAGAGUUUGCACAGGAGCGAGGCUGGGUUCUGCGUGAUGGCCGGAUAUACUUCCCUCAGGAAGCCGAGGAGGGCGCCCAGGCCAUCCCUGGACAGCGCUCCGAGAAGGAUAUUCUUGUCGCGAGCGGUACAGUCAUCGAGAACACGAUUGGAUACGCAAGAGAACUGGAGACCAUUGUUUAA